UGCGAUGCACUUUAAGCGCGUCUCAACGGUGGAGUCACACCGGUGCAACAAGUUCUCCGCCUUAACCACUCGUUCCCAAUGGCAACCAUUGCCGAGGAAAAUAAAACAACAAAACAGAAAGUUCGUUCUCUGCCCCAAAACAAAGUAAGGAAAGUUUCGCUUGAAUUCGGCUGCGAAAAGUGCUGCGGUUAAAUCUAUCUCGAAGGUUGAUUUCCAUCGUAAAUCUUGCAGUGGCACUAAUUCCUAGCUCACUGAAGCACCAUCGUGUCCGGAGAGUGCGGUUAAUCAUGUUCCUGAGCAAAACAAAAGUGACGGAAAAAUGGCUGGAUGCCCAGUGCGAUGGGACGGCAGCUCUGCACACGCUACCAUCGUGUAUGUCCUUGUGCGACCUGAAGAAUGACAACUACUACCAGCUGAUAAUCGUCGACGUUCCACUGUUCGAUUUCGAUUCCAAACCAAAGCUUAAAGUGUACAAAGGGACCAAUCUGACGAGCGAGCAAAACCUACCGGGAAUUCCUUCCGCCGUAGAAAGUCUUUACAUCAACGAACAGGAACCGAAAAUUCCCAUAAUCGCGGUGGCCAUCGCCUCAUCGGUCCUGUUCUACCGAAACAUGAAACCAUACUACAAGUACACCAUCCCGGGGCUAACCAUCGAACCGCUGGAAACCGAAGUAUGGAAAAAGCUUCCAGUUGAACGACCGGAGAACGUAGAUAAACUGAUCGAAAGUCUGCGCAGCUUAAACUUCUCACAACUGACCGAACAAUCACAGGAACUGCUUUCACUGCCAGAUGACAAAAGGGUCUCCUUCAUUCUUGCGAACGCAGACCGUCAACUGGAGCGUCUGUCUGUCAUUACGGCUAUGACCUCAAUCAAAAAAGCAACUAGCGAAAGUAAAUCAGCUUCCUGCCUAGUGCUGGCAACGGAAGCCGGCGAUAUUCUGAUCCUAGACACGCAGGCUUUCGUAUUGCUGCACCUCGCACGGGCUUGCUCGUUCCAGGGUACUCCGAGCAUCAUCUUCGGAAGCGGUCAGUACGAUAUUGACUUUCGGCUUCUCAUAUCAACGCGCGAGGGUUCCCUCUGCCUGCUGCGCAAAGGUUGGCUGGUUGGUCAGCACAUUGUCAAACUGGACCAUCCGGCGGUCGGUUUAGCACUGCUGCCGAUCGAUCAGACAAUCGUCGUGGUCUGUAUGAACAAUCAUCUGCUCUGCUACUCGAAGAAGGGUAAAAAACUUUGGUCGGUAACACUGCCACAGCCGGCGGUUUGCAUGACUCCGGUUUGCUUGCCGCAUCUGGGUAUCAAUUUAGUUUGCGUUGCUCUUCGGGGCGGUUUGGUGCAGUUUUACUGUCAGAAGAAACUGAUCGAUCAGUUUUACGCUCCGGAAACCGUUUCGGCGGUGACCUUCGGCCGUCUCGGCCAAGAGGAGCACGUACUGAUACUGGUCACUUCCGACGGUUCACUGAUUGUAAAGAUCCUCAAGCGUACGGCCGAGUUUCCGACUACUGAGAACAUUUACGAAAUCAAAACGAGCAGCGAAGAAGCAUCCGGCAACCUGCAGAUACCAAAGAAAACGAAGAUUUUCGUCGAGCAAACGCUGCGGGAAAAAGAUCAUGCAGCUGCGAUUCAUAGCUCCUUUCAGUCGGAACUGUGGAGAAUGCGACUGACGGCUGCUCGCGCAACCGUUGACGUUAUCAAUUCAGCCGACAGCAAUAUGUCCGGUGACGUCGGCAUGGCCGCCAUUAAAAUGGCUGCUGAAGUUCUGGGUUUGGGUCCAAUUUUCAAGCUGUUUUUGAUUUUAGAAAACAUUUCCGCCCGAAAGGAAGCCAGCGGCUUGAACAUAUUGAUUCAGGCAGACCACCGGCACUAUCUGGUGGAGCGGCCCUAUCUGCAGCUGCCGAUGUUGGUGCCCGGUGCUCCGAUGAAGUUGGAUUUCAAGGUGACGGCUGUGACGGAUCCCAGCGAUGGGCUGGCACCGAUCGAUUUGACACCGGAGAAUGCUUUCGUUCGGGUGUUGGUGUUCAAGACGGGACAUUCCAAACCGUUAAUCGCUUCAACCGUAGUGAUGCCACAACCGGAACCACAAAUUCUGACUACGUUUUAAUAUAAUGAGAUUUCUCAUUUCUGUCGCCUGUAAUUGCAAAGUGCACGGAAUAAACGUUUUUAUGAUGCUCAAGGCUUUAUCAAUUCUACUUUUUAUAUUGUUUGUAACCUUAGAACAAUAAAUAAUAACUAACUACAUCGUUACGUAACGUUAGUU